AUGAAAUUAUUAUUUGGAUUAAUAUUAUUAAUUGUAAAUUAUUGUUAUUUAAUUAAUGCAAAUAAAUUAUUUGUAAAUUUUGUUGGAACUUAUAAUUCUGAAUCUUGUAGUGAAAGUCCAAUUGGAACUGGUUUCUCUAUGGCUCUUGGGCAAUGUGUUCAAAUGCAAGGUAUUUUUUCUUAUGUCACUAGUAGUUCACCAGAGGCAACAAUUUGGAUGGCAACAUUGGGUGGUGAUGGUAAUAGCUUUACAUUAAAACAAUUCCAUAGCUCUGAUAAACUUUGUACUGAAGAUCCAAUAAAUACUGUUAAAUAUAAUAAAUUUGAUACUUGUGUUCAACAACCAUCCUUCUUAACUUCAAAUAAUUCUCUCUUGGCCAAUAAUAAUAAUAAUAAUAAUAAUAAUAAUAAUAAUAAUAAUAAUAAUAAUAAUAAUAAUCUAGUUUAUUCCAAAUUAACUUUAUCCCAAAAUGCUCCUUCCUAUGCCCCAAAUUCUGUAAUAAUUGCUCGUUACAAUUCAAGUGAUUCCGUUUGUAAUUAUAAUAAUCAAAACUAUGGUAUUUCUUAUUCCACAGGUUCUGUAAUCUAUAAUGAAAAUGGUGUUUCUGUCUAUGUUGUAUGCGAUCAAUCAAACCAAUCAAUACUUUUCCACUGCCAAAAUGAUCAAUGUGUUCAAUCAUUUACUGAUACUUCUUGUGACAUGCCACCAAAUGACUUACAAAUUUAUUGUAACUAA